AUGGCGAAAAGCACCAAAAUCUACACUUUCUUGGCCUUCCUCUUGCUAGUCCUUCCAGCCCUAGCUGUUUCAGAGUGCACAUGUGACAAAGAAGACGAAGUUCAUGACAAAGCUGAGGCUCUCGAGUACAAAACAGCAGCCCUAGCUUCUAUACUCUUUGCGAGUGCAAUCGGAGUUCUGAUUCCAGUCCUCGGAAAGUUCACGCCGGCAUUAAGUCCCGAGAAGGACAUCUUUUUCAUGAUCAGGGCCUUCGCGGCUGGUGUGAUACUAUCCACCGGAUUCACUCAUGUCUUUCCUGACGCAUUCGAGAGCUUGACUUCUCCUUGCUUGAGUGAACAUCCAUGGGGUGAUUUUCCCUUCACUGGCUUUGUAUCUAUGUGUGCUGCCAUGGGAACACUAAUGGUGGACGCUUUCGCCACUGCAUAUUUCAAGAGACUUAAUAUGAAGAAUGGGCAUAUUGAAGCCGACGGAGACGAAGAGAAAAGUGCGGGAACUAGAGGCCAAGAUCAUGAUCACAGUCAUGGAUUAUCGGAUUCUUCUAGUUCUUCUCAUCAACUCCUUCGUCAGAGAGUCAUAUCACAGGUAUUGGAGAUGGGGAUCAUAGUGCAUUCAGUGAUAAUAGGAAUUUCUUUGGGAGCAUCUCGGGGUGCUCAAGUCAUAAAGCCACUUGUUGCUGCUUUGACCUUUCAUCAAUUCUUUGAGGGCAUGGGACUUGGAAGUUGUAUCACUCAGGCCAAAUUCAAGAACAAAACCAUAGCCACCAUGGUAUUGUUCUUUGCUCUGACAACUCCAAUGGGAAUAGCGAUUGGAAUAGGAAUUGCGAAUGUGUAUGAUGAGAAUAGUCAGAAUGCUUUGAUCGUUGAAGGAAUUUUCAAUGCAGCAUCAGCAGGAAUCUUAAUCUAUAUGGCUCUCGUUGAUUUUUUAGCCGCUGAUUUCAUGUCCGAUAGAAUGCAAAAUAGUUCUCAUCUUCAAUUUGGAGCAAAUAUUUGUGUGCUAUUAGGUGCUGGUUUAAUGUCCCUUUUAGCCAAAUGGGCUUAG